GGUUGAUGACGUUCGCUGCUGGCGGCAGAAAGAUGACCAGAGGUCAAGGCCUAUAAACCUGACUUCCAUUCCUGAAGCGGGUUUGCGAACCUACCUGUCUGAUAACUUUCAAUUCUUGAUCUGUUUAGUCUUGACCGGGACUAACUACUGUGGCCCCCUCAGCCUUGCAACCCCGGGGUCGCCACUGUCUCACGUUGUCCAGAGCAGCCAGGGACUCCCCAUAUAUCUGUGGCUGACUUGAAUUCCUGAUCCUCUUGUUUCCACCUCCCGAGUGGGAUUUCAGGUCUCUGGCUUCUCUGCAGCAUCCACCCUGGAGCCAUGGUCCAUGCCUUCCUCAUCCACACCUUGAGGGCCCCGAAUUCGGAAGAAACAGGCCUUUGCCGAGUGCUCUACUCCUGUGUCUUUGGUGCUGAGAAGUCACCCGAUGAUCCACGGCCAUGUGGUGCAGAAAGGGACAGGCUCUUGCGCAAGGAACAGAUUUUGGCCGUGGCCAGGCAGGUGGAGUCACUGUGCCGGCUGCAGCAGCAAGCAUCUGGAUGUCCCUCCACAGACCCGCAGCCUCAGUUCUCCGAUGAGCCUGUGUCUCUGCAUGAGGCCCCCCAUGGAGCCUUCUACCUGGGAGCCGGGGACCCUUUCCAGGAGCCACAGACAGUGGUGUGGCUGGGUGUGCUCUCACUAGGCUUUGCCCUGGUGCUGGAUACCCAUGAGAACUUGCUGCUGGCUGAGAGCACACUCCGGCUGUUGGUCCGCCUCCUUCUUGACCACCUGCGGCUGCUGACACCAGGUAACAACUUCUUGUUGAGGGCUGACCGCAUUGAGGGGAUCCUCGCCCGCUUCCUGCCACAUGGGCAGCUGCUUUUCCUCAAUGACCAGUUUGUCCAGGACCUGGAGAAGGAAUUCAGUGCUGCUUGGCCCCGCUGACCACCCACCAGAAUGAGGCUUCUUGAAAGGACAGAGAGGGAGGGUAAAGAUUACAUACUUCAAGAAGAAGUUUGGCAUCUCCCUCUUGCCCAGGCUGUUCCCUAGUCUGAUAUGUGACUGCACUCAGGACAAAUGAUUGUACAAGCUGGCAGGAGGGGGCCUGGGGAGAAGGCAGAGGAAGCUAGCUGUGCCUCUUCCCAGUUCAGUGGAAUUGCAGAACAUCCUGAACCUGUCGCUGCAUGUGACACUCUGCGGUGUUCACCACGCUAGCCCUUGACGUCCAGCCCUCCCAGCUGCCUGUACUGGAGCCCUGUAAUGCCUGCCAAGACUUUAGUUCACUUUCUCUAUAACCCCAGCACAAAAGGAGUCUCUGAGAUUCCCUUCAAGGUGGGAAAGCUGGGGUGGUACCCUGGCAAAUCCUGGCCCCUGCCUUUGCACAUCAUCAAGGAUAUUUUCAACAAGGCCUGUUCUGCAUCCGGCCCCACCACAGUUCAGAGCAGGGGGAUUCUGAGGCUCCGUAUGUGCCGAGCCUAUAUCUGCUAGGCAAGCCGAGUGCACAGCAGCUUUUCUUGUCUGCUGGCCAGCAAGUGCCAGGUGUCUGGACCAGGUGAUACCUUACUUUGAAUUAAAAAUAUUGGCUGUCUGACUUUGUUCUCUCUUUUUGUGCACCUGAUGGAUGCAGUGCCCUCCUGUGCAUGAGCAUCCGCCUGAGUGACCCCUGACCUCCUUGCCCUGCUACUUGCUCAA